AUGGCUGAACGAGACAAAGAAGAGAUGGAAAUGGAUAUUGCUAAAAUGGAAUUCGACUUUAAAGGAACAUAUGUCAUAUUCAGAAGCGAGAGCCCUUUAAUUCUGGCUUAUCUGAAAAAGGUAUCUGUCUGCAAGGCUCGUGCAAUAGUUGUCCUUGCUGAUGAUGGAAAUGCUGACCAGAGUGAUGCUCGUGCAUUGAGAACCAUCUUAAGUCUAACAGGAGUGAAAGAAGGGCUGAAAGGGCACAUUGUGGUGGAGCUAAGUGAUCUUGAUAAUGGGGUUCUUGUGAAACUUGUUGGUGGAGAACUUGUUGAAACUGUUGUAGCUCAUGAUGUUAUUGGCCGCUUGAUGAUUCAAUGUGCUUGGCAGCCAGGACUUGCACAGGCUAAUUCUGCACUCUUAAUACUCUAUUCAUAUUCUUUAACAUCAGUAUGA